UUUCUCUGUUAACUAUAUUAACAAACUUCUAUUGGUUUUGGAUAUAUACAUAUACAUAUGCAUAUAUAUAUAUAUAUGUAUAUAUCCGAAUGGGUUCGCGAUACGAAGAAAAGGUUCAAGUAUAUAUCAAGUUGAAACAUGAAGAGGCUUAUCUUAUGCUGUUCCGUCGAAUGAGUAUUUGGCGUGAGAAUACAAAAGGGAAACGACGUAACAAGAGUCACUACUGUCCAAAAUGUAAUCGCGGAUUUACGCUGAAGAAGAACAUGAAUCGUCAUUUACGUCACGAAUGUGGAAUGGCACCGAAAUAUCAAUGCCCAUAUUGCUGCAAACUAUCGAAAUUCAGUCAAAAUAUUUACUCCCAUAUUCGAAAAUAUCAUCCAGACUUUUCGUUCCUCAAUGAAGAAAUAAUCGACGAUUUAAAACAUCUUUUUGUAAAUUGUGUCUUCUUCUUCUUCUUCUUUUUUCUUUUUUGUUAACGCACCUCUAUCUAAAGAGAACGUUUAAUCUUUAAUUUUCAGAUUUUUCGUUUUGGAUCUUAUCCGAUUGUUGUUAUGAAAACGUCAUUUCUUUCGUCUCAGUUAACGAUAACUGAUACGACAAGAGAAGUAUGAUUGGAUUAUAUUGAUAAGAAAUAUACAAAGUGUUGUUUAAAUAUC